AUUGUGUAAUGUGUAUGAAAUAUAUUAUCGAUGUACUCGUGUGCUGUGACUAGUAAUCAUUACGUAGAAGUGAUGUUCUAUGAAUGGAAUUCUAUAGGUUAAAAUGACGCUUAUAGAAUAUCUCUCGUCGUUGUCGGAUAAUCCAUAUUUUGGUGCAGGAUUUGGAUUAUUUGGACUUGGGGCUGGAGCAGCUAUACUGAGAAAAGGUUUUCAAGGGUCGCUUAUUUUAUUCCGUCGUCAUUAUAUGAUCACGUUAGAGGUACCAUGUCGGGAUAAAAGCUACCAAUGGCUCCUUCAAUGGAUAACAGAAAAAGGCGCGCGUCAAACGCAGCAUCUCAGUGUUGAAACAAGUUUUGAACAAAAAGACACAGGUCAGAUUAAAACGAAGUAUGACUUCAUUCCCAGCGUAGGAACACACUUCUUUAGGUAUGGAGGAACUUGGGUGCGUGUUGAACGCACAAGGGAACAGCAGACACUUGACCUGCAUAUGGGGGUACCAUGGGAAACUGUAACUCUUACUGCACUUGGAAGAAAUAAGCAGAUGUACUUCAGUAUGCUGGAGGAAGCUAGACAGAUGGCACUAAAGAAGCAUGAAGGCAAGACCAUCAUGUAUACAGCAAUGGGUUCAGAGUGGCGACAGUUUGGUCACCCACGUAAACGUCGGCCAAUCCAGUCUGUGGUCCUGGACACUGGUGUAGCAGAAAGAAUAUUGUGUGACGUGAAGGAGUUCCUUGCAAAUCCGAGCUGGUACAGUGACAGAGGUAUCCCAUAUCGCAGAGGCUAUUUGUUGCAUGGACCACCAGGCUGUGGUAAAUCAUCAUUUAUCACCGCACUGGCCGGCGAACUGGAGUUUGGUAUCUGUGUGCUGAACUUGAGUGAACGAGGCUUGACGGAUGACCGCCUGAACCAUCUCUUGAGUGUAGCUCCACAGCAGAGCAUCAUUCUGCUGGAAGAUGUGGAUGCAGCAUUUGUUAGCAGAGAAGAGAAUGCUCAAAUAAAAGCAGCGUAUGAAGGUUUAAAUCACGUUACUCUCAGUGGGCUUUUGAACUGUUUGGAUGGUGUAGCUUCCACAGAGGCUCGUAUUCUAUUUAUGACAACUAAUUAUAUAGACAGAAAAAAAAACUGUGGUGAACAUUCAUAAACAUUUGUGUGCUGUGUAUGGAAGCUGUGUAGUCGAUAGGAGCACCGUUGGUCGCUGGGCUGCGAGAUUUAGAGCUUACAAGUUGAUGGGGGACUAUGUAGAAAAAUAGUAUGUGUAAAGGAAACAUUAAUUUAUAUUGUCACUAAAUUUCAGCCAACUUGAAUAAAUAUAUUCUGAGGAAAAAAUGUGGGGCAUUAUUUAAUGUUUAGCCAUUUGCAUGUGGAUGUAGCUGCUUAAGUGGUUUAUAUCACGGGCCCUAUGGAGACAGAAAACCUUUAAAGCGUCUUAUACAGUGUUUAUGCAGACUUAGGACAGUGUCUGAUAAUUAUUUU